AUGUCUGGACGUGGUAAGGGCGGGAAGGGUUUGGGUAAGGGAGGUGCCAAGCGUCACCGUAAGGUGUUACGUGACAACAUCCAGGGCAUCACCAAGCCGGCCAUCCGGCGCCUAGCCCGGCGUGGCGGAGUCAAGCGUAUCUCCGGUCUGAUUUACGAGGAGACUCGUGGGGUGCUCAAGGUUUUCUUGGAGAACGUGAUCCGGGACGCUGUAACAUACACGGAGCACGCCAAGCGCAAGACUGUCACAGCCAUGGAUGUCGUCUACGCCCUUAAACGCCAAGGACGCACCCUCUAUGGCUUUGGCGGCUAAGGUUUCUGAUUUCGCCACAGCGUACAUUUCUGAACCAAAGGCCCUUUUCAGGGCCGCCCAAAUGUUCAAAAGAAGAGCUGUGGUAAUAUUACCGAGCCAAACAGC